CUUUUCUUUCUCAACUUGCUGAAAAUAUGACCGAACAAGACUCAAAGAGUGAAGAAGACAAGAUCCAGGCCAUGUUUCAACAAACCUCUGAUCAAUGGGAUGAACAACAAGAUCAACUUCCAAGGUAAUCAUUCCUUUAUCUUUUUCUACGGAAAAAACAAAAUAAAUGAAUUGCGAAAUCUAAGUGCUUUUCUUUUGUUGUUGGAUCAAAAUAAAUCUUUAGUACAAGCGGUGCGAGUCCUAAACCGAAUAUGCGAUCGCCACAGCCGUUUGGCAAUCCAAUGAUGAGCGCACCAGGAUUCAAUCCAAUGAUGAAUAUGGCCAUGCUGAACCCGCAACUUCACUUUCAACAAAUGAUGUUGCAACAGCAAAUGCAACAAAUGCAUCAAAGACCCAACAUGGGCGGUGGUGCUGCCGGUGGCAUGGGUGGGGUUGUUGGUGGAGUAAGCGGCGGUGGCGGCAGUAGUCAAUCCACUAUACCACCAGAAACACAAAAACCACCAGUGGGAUAUGUUUGCUUUAAGUGUCGACAGCCAGGCCAUUGGAUUUACUAUUGUCCAAACGUACCAAAAGGCCAAUUCGUACCGAGACCAGGGGUGAAUGGAAGGUAACGUGUUUUGCUAAUAUUAUAUCAGGGAAUGAGUUAUACGUACAUAGAAAUGUUUGACAAUCAAUGUUUUCUUCGUUCUUAUAUUAAAAACUAGCCCGUCUG